UGUUGAUUGGCCCCAAGCCGAGUGCUGCUGGAUGAGCACGGCUGUCCCGUUUGACAAUGUGAAGAGAUGGUAAAGUCGUUUUAUUGGUCGUCCUCGUAGACACAAGCAACGGAAGAGAGUGGGCACUCAGGUGCAUCACAAACACCGAGGCACGCGAGCAACAGUCGCAAGACGCAUUCGGAACUCGGAAUACAUGACAGCAAGGAAUGCGCGACAACUUGCCAAAGAUCCUACUACCGGAGAUACCCCGAAGAUCCAAAUGACCGAUGGACGGUCACGCACUUGCGCACCUGCAUAGCUCAAAACCACACAUGAGUACUACCGCAGUAGCCUUCGUAAGGAUGGCAUAAUCCACCUCACGAACACCCUCCCUGAUUCUGUACAUCAUAACGAAUGCUCUCAAAACCAAAGUACAGCAUCCAACGCGCACUAGCACGGAGGAGAGCGGACAAAAACAACGGCUUCAAGUUCACUCGCGAUAGGGCCCGCAAGCUUCUUCGUUGGACCAUUCUCUCGGAGUUCUGGCCGUUCCAUACGGCGUGCCUCGUUGCGGUGGCGAAGAAGAGCAAGGAAACGGGCACCCUCGCCAACUUGUACGAAACAAAGGGAGCGAAAUUCCUUUCCGACAUGCUGACGGACAAGCGGUCCUCGGACGGGGACCAAGCGUCCAUGACGGACGCCAACACCUCCUUCAGGGCUGAAGCAAGGAGGCUAAUGGGCUUCGAAGAGUCCGACGAGGCCUUCGUGCGGGUUUUGGGGUUCGCGCCGGACCUCUUGGUCGAGGACUUCGAUGAAGACAAGCUGAUGCUGUUGCGCCACUCCUUCAACCUCAAUCCCGCGAUGGUGGCAAGGGUCGUUGCCUGGGAUAGGGCGCGUUGGUGA